CGUCUGUCUCUCUUUCUCUCUCUCGCUCUCUCGUCUCUCUCUCUCUCUCUCUCUCUCGCCAUAUUGCUCUCCGCCGAGCUCAUUCAUCGAAUCCAUCUGCCAAAAACCUAGAUCAGAGAGAGAGAGAGAGAGAGAGAGAUGGCGGGGUACCGGGCGGAGGACGACUACGACUACUUGUUCAAGCUGGUGCUGAUCGGGGACUCUGGGGUAGGCAAGUCCAACCUCCUCUCCCGGUUCACCCGCAACGAGUUCAACCUCGAGUCCAAGUCCACCAUCGGCGUGGAAUUCGCUACCCGCAGCAUCACCGUCGACGCCAAGGUGCUCAAGGCCCAGAUCUGGGACACUGCCGGCCAAGAGAGGUAUCGUGCCAUAACUAGUGCUUACUAUCGGGGAGCAGUUGGUGCAUUGCUCGUGUAUGAUGUUACGAGACAUGCUACAUUUGAGAAUGCUGCACGUUGGUUGAAGGAGUUGAGGAACCACACAGAUCCUAACAUUGUUGUCAUGCUCAUUGGGAAUAAAUUAGACCUCCGACACCUUGUUGCUGUUCCUACUGAAGAUUGCAAAGCUUUUGCUGAGAAGGAAUCUUUAUAUUUUAUGGAAACAUCUGCACUAGAAGCAACAAAUGUGGACAAUGCAUUUCAAGAGGUCCUGACUCAUAUUUACCGCAUUGUCAGCAAGAAGGCAGUUGAAGCAGCUGAUGAUGCGGUGCCUACUGUACCAAGUAAAGGUGAAAGAAUAAACGUGAAGGAUGAUGCUUCUACGCUGAAGAAACUUGGCUGCUGUUCAAGUUAGGAAAAAAAAUGAAGCUCAACUUCGAUAAGUUCAGACGUGUGCAGAUUUCACAAUUUGCAACAAGCAUGAGACUACAAUAUCGAGGUGAAAUCAAUUAGGAAUAGGUAGACUGAAAGUUGUUGGCUUGACUAUGAAAGGGCAAUAUGCAUUUGAAAGGGAAGAAGUAGCCAAUAAGAUGUUGAAGCGCAAAUCUAGGGUUUUGGUAAUCUCCCAAAGAUUGUUGCCAGAUUUGUGUCUAACUAGUUUGUCGUCUUUGACUUCUUCGAUACGUCUUGAGGUGGCUUACGCCUUGACACAGAAUAAUUUUUUUUUUAACAUCCUGAUUAAUGAUAAUAUCUUAAGAUUAA